AUGUUUGGCGCGAAACCCAACUCUGGCCGCUGGUGGGACCUCUUCUCGGGUACGCGGUCCUGGUCCAGUCUGCACAGAAAAACCUGCGGACAAAGCAACGUUGCGCGAGUCGUUGCUUUUGCCCUGGCAAGCCUUGCAUUCUGGUCUGCUUUGUUUUGGCAGUGCGCACAUGGGAGUGACGCAGGGCUACCCAGCAUUGGAGUCGCUGAGACACCGGACAAAAAAGACGCAGUCCAUGUUUCGGGGGAUCAGACAAUAGGCCCCGGAGAGCUCGAGGAUGCUGCCCAGUCCUUCUCAGCAGCACAAAAAAGGGUUUUGCAGUGGGAAGAGGCGCAACCUGUCACAGCAGAAGAAGAGAAGGCUCUUUCACUUCUUUGGGGCCGGCCCGUGGAGGCUGCCCCUGCCGCGGUAUCACGCGACCCCGGAUCCUCGUCAAGGUUGGAAUCUCCUCCAUCUCUGCCUCUCACACAGCGCAGGUUGCCUCCCCCCGUCAAUGGAAACGAUGUUGCCGCACCAGAUGAAAAUGACAAUGGGAGAAGCACCGCAUCUACUCAGCCGAAGUAUCGUGUCGUAGGAGGAACCUCUGUCGGCGAUUAUGAGAUCGCUCAAGACUUCAAGCCAAACGUGGCAGAUGAGCCAGUUUUGGAAGUCGGGAACUCUGGACAAGAAACAAAGCCUACCGCGACGACGACUACCACUGCGCCACCUGUUCAAUUCAAGCAGUGUACAGAUGCUGCGACGAGAGGGUACUCGAUGCCGUUUUCCUGUUGCACAGUCAGAAAUGGUGAUUUUUUCGAUCCGCGUAUCUGGCACUGCGGCCGAAUUCCGACCAGCCUGGACGCGGUCUUCAUUCGGCACUUUGUUCGGCUACCUGCUAGCAAGAUGAACAAACUUCACUUACGGGCUCUAUGGAUAAUCAAAAGCAUGGAACCGGAGCUGAAGUCAACUAGCGGCGUUCUUCGCACCGGCGAAUUCCCUCUGGGCAGGUGUGUCUCGAAUGACAGUGAACUUAGCAUACCAUCCACUACAGAACUGCGUAGCAUGAGAGAAACAUUCCGAGCCAUGGUCCAGUCGAAUUCCUCACAUGCUUCCCUCUCCGACAUCUGCGGUAGCAUGCGGCAGAAGCCCUUCGAGGAUGAAUCCGAUUUUGCUGCAAGAGCACCUGUCCUCGUCGUAAUAACGGAGCCAGGGGCCAAUAUCUCGCGGGCAUCCGCUGAGGCUAUUGCUCGCACAGGCCUCAUCGGCACUGGCAAUGAGCUCCUUAGUGUAGACGACGAAACGCCGGAAUCUAGCGCGGGCAGCAGCAUUUUCAAGAACCAGGAAACCCCACUGUUCCGGAACGCCCCAGCCGCAGACAAGGAUGCAACGCCCUCGGCAGCCCGAAGUUCCCCCUCAUCUGCAAACAGAGGAGACACACCCUCGCAAACAGCGCGUCAGACAAUACCUGAUACGGCACCUUCGACGCCUGAUUCCUCGAACUCUUCACCGUCACCGCUCGUUCCUUUCGGAUUCGGGCGGGCGCCGCAGCCACCCACCGAAAUGGCGCUUUCGAGGUUGCCAGCCCACGCCAUGCAACCAGCGUUCGCGGGCAGGCCCCGGGUCUUAGGACUAAUUCGCAGCGAAUCAAGCCAGUCGCGUCGCUCCCUGGCUCCCCUUAACCUCAAGGGCCCUUCAACCCUGCGAGUAGAACAUGGUGCCGCAUUGCUUUUUCUGUCGGGUGCAUCUCUAGUCACCAAUGCGCACAUCCGCAACGAUGGGACGUUUUUUAUCGGCCAGGCCAUCUCGGAAGAAUGCGUUGAAGAGGCGUUACGAGAUGGAGAUAACGAGAAACAGGCCUUGUGUAGAAUCCCUUCUUUAGUCGCUAGCGGCUCUCUCCUGGCGCGAGAACCGAUGCACAUGCACUGGCUCCAGUUGUCUCAAGGAUUUGGCAUGCAGCCGCCGGAAGGGGACGUUGUAUGGUACGGGAAGGUGGGAUACCCCCCAGAGCUCCCUGGAAGCCUCUCGAGCACGCUGACGUUCUUCGGUCACACUGAGGUGGACACUAUCCUCCCUGGGUUUAGCUUCUCGUUCCGGAGGCUCGGAUUCCCCCCUUCACCUGCACCUCCUAGGCGACCAAACAAGACUACUCUGCUUGUCAAGAAACCGGCGGCAUCCAUCGAUAUGAUGAUUUACGUUGACGUUUUUGAUGACGACGGUUUCAUCGACUGUUGUGAGAAGUACUAUGACCGCACACCAGCAGUUUUCCAGGUUGGCGGGGUGAACGUAAAGUUUGGACCGUUCUCGGCCUUGCGAAAAGAUAUCGGUGAUGAAUCGAAGAUUUCAGAGCAAGUCGUUAUUCGCGCAAAUCGAAUAACAAGCGAAGAAGUGUUUGCAGGUCUUCCUGCCGCUAUCUCGAAAGAAGACGCAAUCAUGACAAACUCAGAGGAAGUUGUGAAGCGCGCGGGGACCGCAAGAGACAUAGUCUAUUUCCAGUGCCUCGAUGAAUGCCGAAUCAGCCACCAAAUCUUCAAGAAAAAAGGGCAAUAUAACUACCCGGCCGUCCCCGUCGCUGACUGUGCGGGCAUCCAGACCCCGACUGGCGACCGCCAAGGCGCUGUGUGUGCUGGGCGCUGCGCGUACCUCUUUUCUUCACCCCGCUCUCUGAAAGCGGCUGGUGGCGCCUCGUCUGUUGCGGCGCGCUUCAGGCCUGUAUGUGACGGUGUCGCCGGCCGGCGCGCAGCCAUGGGAGCAGGCGCGUUUCGUCUGCCGCUCGCCUCGGCGUCCACGAGGCGUCUGGCUACGCACGGUGUGAAACCCGGUGCCGCAGAGCAGCGGGAGCUGCGCGGCGCCCUCGCCUCAUGCCGACCCGGUGCGCGCGCCUCUGACGCGCCUAUCGGCUCUCAGGGUGUCUCUCCUGGUGCGUGUGGCGGGCCGCCGCCUUCAGCUCUCUCUCGAGUCUCGACGCGAGAGGCGUGUUGUUCAAUAAUACCGCUCCAUGCUAGCAGUUCUCAUUCACGGGGUGAGAGCCCCAGAAGUACCUGGCGCGUGUCGGGAACCCCCCCACAUGCAGUCUGUCUUCUGUCGGACGCGCAGUCUGCCGCAGGAGCUCCACUUCGCCUCUUUGCCCUCUGGGCCUCACACGCGCCCCUCUGUACUGCCGAGGCCGCUAAAGCGUCAGCCCGCUCGGCCGCGCCAUGCAACGAGGCCUCUACGCUAGAAGCCGCCCCCGGUGAAUCGGUUUCCGCCUCUGGCGUCGCGUCGCCCUGCGCGUCUUGUUCGUUGCCGUCCCCCUCUCCGCGCACUCCCUCUUUUUCUGGUUGCUCCUCGUGCCCGUCGGCCUGCAGCCUGCGCAGUCCGCCCGCGGGCGGCGAGUCUGGGGCGAGCGCAGCGGGGGCCGUGGGGACGGACGGAGCCCCAGAAGGCCCGAGGCCCCUCGUGACAGAGCGCAUGAAGGGCCGCAUGGAGAAGCAAGGCUACAGAAUCGUCGGCUCGCACUCCGCAGUCAAGCUCUGCCGGUGGACGAAGAAGCAACUGCAAGGCGUGGGCGGCUGCUACAAACACACGUUUUACGGAAUCGACAGUCAUCGAUGCAUGGAAGCAACGACCAGCAUCGCGUGCAGCAACCGAUGCAUCUUCUGUUGGCGACACCACACACAUCCCGCCAGCAAAACAUUCAGUUGGCAGGUGGACUCCCCGGAUUUCAUUUUGAAGCGAGCACUGGAAGCGCACUGGUCGCUGAUCAAGCCUCUUCGAGGCGUUCACUGGGUGACACCGGAAGCGUUUGCGGAGGCCAUGCAGCCACGGCACUGUGCGCUCUCCCUCAUCGGCGAGGCCCUACUGUAUCCGCGUAUCAACGAGUUCGUGGAACUGCUUCACGAAAAAAAGAUCAGUUCUUUUCUCGUCAUGAAUGGCCAGCACCCCGACCGCCUUCGAGAGCUUGCCACGGUGACGCAACUCUACGUGAGCGUGGAUGCACCGAACAAGAAGGCAUUGAAGUCCAUCGAUCGGCCGCUUUUCAAGGACUACUGGGAACGCCUGGUUGCGUCGUUGGAGAUCCUUCGUGAGAAGCGGGAGCGGACGGUCCUGCGAAUGACUUUGAUCAAAGCCGUUAACGACGAAGAUCUCGAGGGCUACGCGCGCUUGAUCGACUUGGCUCGGCCGGAUUUCAUCGAAAUCAAAGGCGUCACGUUUGCAGGUCACAGCCCUCACUUCAAUCUCACGCUUGGACACACGCCCCACAUGCAGGAGACCCUGGCAUUUUCGCAGAGGCUGCUAAAGGUCCUGAACGAGAACGAAGCUGCAGGUCUCGGACCGACGGAGAGCCCCUGCCGGCGCGGAAAAGGCGGGGGCCAGCGCUAUAGGUUAGCGAGCAUCCACGAGCAUACGAACGCCGUCUUGCUGGCAGACGCAGAUCGUUUCUUGCUGCCCGUGGACCCUGCCGAAGGCGCGACCGCCUGUGGAGAGCGCCUGGACAGCGCCCCGGGGGCGCUUGAUCCCAAGGGCGGAGGAAGCGAGUCCGCCCGUCGGCGUCGCGAUACUUCUCCAGCGGGGAAAGCCGAGGACGGCACACCUCCAGAGUUCAGCAAGCCCAGAGAGCUGCCGCGCCGCAUGCGCUGGCACACGCAUAUCGACUUUGAACGGUUCUUCGAGUUGAGUCACGACGCGCGACAGGCAGAGAAUUACCGAACAGCCACGCCAGACUGGGCUGUGCCCGAAGCGCCGCUUCGAGGUUUCGACCCUCGCUUCGACGUGGACAAGUACCUGAAACAAAUCGCGGGCCGCCCGCACACUCUCUCAGCCGCUGGUCUCGGAAGUAACGGCCACCGCCUCCUUCCAGGGCCCGACGACGUGCCAGUCGCGUCAGAGACCCGAAAUUAA